AAAGAACAAUUGUCGGCGACAACAAAAGCCCACUUCGAUUCCGUUUCUUUUCUAGAAAGUCGUCGUCGUCGUCGUCGUCGUCGUCGUCGUCCCCGUUGGGAUCGGCUCUUGGUGUUCGUCGAGGAUGGGGAGGAUGGUGCGGACCUGCCUGCAAUCGGUCCUGAAGCUGGUGAACUCGGUGGCGGCAUUCGUCGGGGUGGGGUUGAUCCUCUACUCCCUCUGGAUGAUCAACGUCUGGUUCCGCCAGACUCAUGCCUUCCCCACCGCCGGUGCCUGGUUCAUUUACACUUCUUUUGGACUAGGAGUUUCUUUAUGCUUGAUAACAUGCUUUGGUCAUAUUGCUGCGGAAACAGCCAAUGGUCAUGGCCUUGCUUGUUAUAUGGCUUUAGUGUUUUUUCUUGUGAUGCUGGAGGCUGCAGUAGCUGCAGACGUAAUUCUGAACAGAGAUUGGGAAGAGGAUUUCCCAGAAGAUCAAACUGGGAGAUUUAAUGAGUUUAAGAAUUUCAUUAGAUCAAAUGAUGAGUUGUGCAGAUGGAUAGGUUCGGUGAUUGUGGCUACACAGGCUAUGUCCCUCUUUCUGGGCAUGAUUCUCAGGGCUCUUGGUCCAGACAGUAGAAACGGCUGCGAUAGUGAUGAUGAAUAUAUGCCGGCAAGGCUACCACUUUUACGAGACCGGGUUCAGCAUGCACCAUAUGUUGGUGAUCCUAGUGCCCCAUACCAAAAAGAUUCUUGGAACGUUAGGUGAUGUCACCUGUCUCCGGAAGGACAAUGUACAAGCCUAGUAUUUAAUGCACUUUAGUUUAGUUCCAAUUAUGAUAUUUGGGAGUACAUAGAGUUGUGUAAUUAAUCAGAGCAACUAAGAUGUUCUUAGUAGCUCAAACAGAGCCAUUUAUCCGUGUCAUUAUUGUCAUAUAUUGUAUAAUCGCCAGAUACUGCUUUCUUGAUAUAUAGUAGCUUGAUCACGUUGGUGUA